AUGGAGCAAGUGUUCUAUAAAGUGAACAAUAUUUUUGCCAAAGAUAGAGAAUGUAACAAAAGAACAUUGAAAAUUAGAACGUAUAAUGUUGUUCCAUUAGGACCAAAUUCAGGUAUAAUUGAGUUUGUGCCACACUCUAAAGCCUUGAUGGAUGCUGUACAUCCAUAUCAUACCAAGUUGGAUUCAAUGCCAAUAAAAACGGCAAGAGAAAUUAUGAGAAAUUAUCAAUCGUCUGAUACAAAACAAAGAGCAUUUGAAUAUGAAAAGAUCGAGAAACAAAUCAAGCCUGUUUUAAGACUCUUUUUCCAACGAAAUUUCCUUACAGCUGACUCUUGGUUUGAGAGUAGAAUGAAGUAUACACAUGGAACUGCAACUAACUCUAUUGUUGGACAUAUGUUAGGGUUAGGUGAUAGACAUUGUAAUAACAUUCUAUUAGAUACAAGAACUGGUGAACCUAUCCAUAUUGAUUUGGGAGUAGCAUUUGAUCAAGGUAAAAGAUUACCUGUUCCCGAGACUGUUCCAUUUAGAUUGUCAAGAGAUGUUGUUGAUGGGUUUGGAGUAACUGGUGUUGAAGGGGUGUUUAAGAAAAGUUGUGAACAUACAUUUAGAGUAUUGAGAUCAAAUAAGGAACAUAUAAUUUCCAUCUUGGAUGUUUUGAAAUGGGAUCUGUUGUUUGAAUGGACAUUAUCUCCAGUAAAGAAAAGAAAAUUACAGAACGAUGAAGGUGGUGCCGUUGGUAAUGGUGAUACGAAUAAUAUUGCAUCAAGUGAAAGUGAAAGUGAAGCUAGUAGAGCUAUACGAACAGUAGUGGAGAAAUUGAUUGCCAAUGAGUUAAGUACUGAAGCAGCAGUAAGAGAAUUAAUUCAAGAAGCAACAAGUUCACUGAAUUUGGCAUUAAUCUACCAAGGUUGGAGUCCAUUCUAUUAG